AUGGAUAAAAGAAAGGAUGAGAUGGUGUUGAGUAAAUUUGGCUUCUCCAAUAAAUGGAUUAAUUGGCUACACCAACUCCUGCUUUCGACCAAAAUUUCUAUUUUGGUGAACGGAGGUCUUCAGGGCUUCUUCGAGGUGGAGCAUGGCCUGAGACAGGGUGAUCCUAUAUCCCCCAUGUUAUUUAUCAUAGCAGAAGAAAUUCUGUCUAGAGGGUUGUCAAACCUGGUUCAGAGCAAGAGUCUCAAAACAAUCAGUGGCCCAAGAGGCGUUACUACUCCUGGACACAUUUUAUUCGCAAAUGAUAUAUUCAUCUUCACCAACGCCUCAUUGAGAUAUGUAAAUGCUCUGAAAUCUUUUUUGAUGAAGUAUCAGGACUUUUCAGGUCAAUGCAUCAGUUUUGAGAAAAGUAAGCUUUUCCUAGGAAAGAUAGCUCCUGCUCGCAAGCAGACAAUUGCUAAUACCCUUGGAAUUCAGAUAUGCACUUUCCCAACUCUCUACUUAGGAGUUGAAAUAUUUAAGGGUAGAGUCAAGAAAGAGGCUCUGCUUGCAAUGAUGGACAAGGUGAAAGGCCGUCUUGCGGGUUGGAAAGGAAAGCUCUUGUCUUUGGCGGGCAGAACGGAGUUGGUCAGAUUAGUCAUUGCUGGUAUCCCUAACCACAGUUUUGCUAUUUAUUGGUGGCCUUCUUCCCUUUUAUCUAUAAUGGAACGAGGAUGA